CUAAAUUCAGCCAGUAGGUGGCAAACGAUCACGGGGGUUUGUUUACACUUGUUGCAAUGGCGACCAUCACUGAACUGAAGUGUGCCGUGAGGGAAACGCUGGAGUCCCGCGGUGUGCUGGGGCAGCUGAAGGCUCGUAUCCGGGCGGAGGUGUUCAGCGCCCUCGAUGACCAGCGGGAGCCGCGGCCCCCGCUGUCCCACGAAAACCUGCUCAUCAACGAGCUCAUCCGGGAGUACUUGGAGUUUAACAAGUACCGAUACGCUGCAUCAGUGCUAACAGCAGAGUCAGGCCAACCCGAGGUUCCCUUGGACAGACAGUUCCUGGCAAAUGAGCUGAAAGUUGCAGAGGAUAUCAGCUCCAAGUCUGUACCUCUUCUCUACGGCUUGGUGUCCCACUUCCUGAACGGCACUGAUAAUGGAGGGAAGGUGUUUCUGCGGGGUGCCGCUGCCAGCAGCUCUGCUCCUGGACCUAAUGCCUAAAAUGUGACGAUGCAUUGGUGACUUUUGAUGCUGAAGAUAUUUGGACACUCCAAUAGAUGACAUGAAAUGUUGUAGCACCUUGUUGCCUCUUGUAUAUAGUUUUACAGGCGUUACAAUGUGAAGUAAAUAUAAUCUUGUAAAUUGCCAAAGUAUUACAUGUUUUAAUUGUGAUAUUCCAUUUUUAAAAUAAGUUCAGCAUCAGUCAUAGUGGUGCUGCUUGCACUAAUCCCUGUUAUCUGCCCUUCAUAAUGUAGGCACGGCGUGGAGAUUACAUUACCUGUUGCCAUUUCUAUUUUAUUGUACAAAUAUUGACUUUUUUUUACUGUUUUUUAAAACUUAAUAAUAAAUGUUUUCUCUGUACACUAAA